UCAAAAAUAGAAAUCUGAUACACUCCCAAAUCAUCAAAUCCUCGCCAUCCCAUCUCACUGUGUGGUCGUUCCCCUUGCAGCCACCCACCGCUACCCUAGCUACCAUCGCUGCCCUUUCCCACCUCACGAAUCGUCUCACCGGCCGCCAUUCACCUUCUCCUAGAUACCAUCAAUGGCCGCACCACAAAGCACACGGGCGAUGACGGCGUCAGCCUGCAUCCCGGAGACUGUGCACGGCACACACAUGUACAAAAUUCACAACUACGGCGUGUACAGGGGCUUCGGUGUCGGAAGGUGCAUCAAGUCCACCACGUUCACCGUUGGUGGCCAUGAAUGGUGCAUCCGCUUCUACCCCGACGGUUACAACGAGGGCAGCAAGGACUAUAUUUCAGUUUUCCUCGAGCUCAAGACCAAGAACAUUGUGGUGAGGGCGAUGUAUGAUCUGAGGCUGGUCUGCCAAGCCAUCCAGCCGCCUCUGAUGCCUUUUAACUCGGCCAACAUCCGCGACGUACCUCCUGUGGUGUUCGACACUCGCAACGAGAAACUCGGGGCAUGGGGUUGUGUCGCAUUCAAGAAGAAGUGUGAGCUCCUAGGGUCGUCAUACAUUCUGGACGACUCGAUCAUCGUCGCGUGCAAACUUACUGUUAUCACAUUGAAGGAUGCCGUGGAGGUGGAUACUGGACUGAUCGGUGACAUCCAGGUACCUCCAUCUGAAUUGGUUACUAAUCUUACUAAAUUGUUGGGAGCUCCAGAGGGAGCUGAUGUGUAUUUCAAGAUCCAAGAGCAGGUUUUCCCGGCUCACAAGAUCGUCCUUGGGAUGCGGUCGCCCGUCUUCUGGGCGCAGUUCUAUGGACCGAUGAGGAAAGAGCAUAGGGGCAUCACAACCAUUCCAGAUAUGCAGCCCGCUGUCUUUAGAGGACUGCUCCAAUUCAUCUACACAGACUCACUACCACCAAUGAACGACCUCGAUUCUGGUGAGUGCGAAGAAAUGCUUAGGCAUUUACUUGUGGCUGCAGAUACGUAUUCCAUUGAAAGGAUGAAGUCAAUGUGCGAGAGGAAACUUUGCCAAAGGUUUGAUCAGGAGACCGUGGCGACCACAUUAGCUCUGGCUGACCAGAACAAUUGCAACAUGCUCAAAGAUGCUUGCAUUGAAUUUAUCAACUCCCUAAGUACAAUGGAUGGUGUGUUGGCAAGUAAAGGGUACAAACACCUGAAAAGAGCAUGCCCUACUAUCUUUGCUGAUAUGUGGGAAAAGGCAACCAAGACUCGGAAAAUUUAAAUGCUCAUUACAGAUAAAUCCCGAGAAGUUACUUUAGUUAACACCAUAGCAACCUGAGAUUUAGUUUGUCAUUUUUUUCUUGAAAAGGGUUAAGUUCUGCCUAUGUUAUAUCAGCAAUAUCGUGUAAGAUGAUUUUCAUUGUUCAUGAUCACAUUUACUGUUUCGAAGUUUCCCUUUA